AACUCAAAGCGAGGAGCUCACUGUUGUUACAGCAAAAACUGCCCCCCGACAUGGGAGGAGUAGUUGACAGCCCAUCGCCGGAGCGCAGACUAUAUAGCUAACACGUUAUUCAAUUUAAGCGUUGUGACCGGAGGUGUGGCGAUAUAUGUAGCCAAAUCCCCUAGUUUGGUUAGCGUUGAAAAUUAGUUGUGUCCGAUGAGAAGAACAACCAGCUAUUAUCUGCGAACAUCAUCAACUUGUGCUAGUCGAAACGUAAGCUAGUUAGAGCUAGCUGGUAGCCAGGAAGCUAACCGACAGUAGCUGGCAUAGUCUGUUGACAACAGUCUCGCUAGCUAGAUGUAGCUAAAGCUAUUUCGAGCCAUUCUGAGCUAAGUAAGAGUAGACAUUAACGUAUUACAGUUUUCUAUGACACCGACCCAUUAAUCAUCAAUUCAAAAUGUCAACAACUUCGCUGGAUAAGGAAUUGCAGGAGCGGUUGAGAGAGGCAUCUGCGCUUGGGGACAUUGACGAAGUGCGGAAUUUAGUAGGAAGCGGAGUAAAUGUCAACUCACAAAAUGAAAUAAAUGGAUGGACCUGUUUGCACUGGGCCUGCAAGCGAAACCACAAACAUGUGGUGUCAUACCUGCUGAACUCUGGUGCUGACAAAGAAAUCCUCACAGCUAAGGAUGAGUUAGCUGCUCAGCUAACCUCCAAACCAGAAAUCAAAAGACUGUUGGGAGUCGAGGUAGACGAAGUGCCUGAAGUCAAAGAGCUUGAGUUGCCAUUCAUCCCAAAUUACCUUUCCAACCCUCCGUUUAUGUAUAGUAAAAUGGACAACAAGGCUGAGCUUGUCCUUAAACCGCUGUCAAACCAAAAUGGUUCAGGCGGAGACCACUCAGAGGACCCACACAGCGACCCAGCUUCCCUCUUUCCCACCCACGAGUCACAGCAACUUCUGCAACUACAAAGCCUACCAGCCGAUCCCACAGGCCCCAGGGAAGGAGCUUUCGUCCCAGUUUCUGAGCAGAAUGGAGUGUCAUCCAGCCUGGCAAUGCACACUGCUAACGAAGCCCUGCCUAUGGACCUCUCAGUGGAGCCCAAUCUAGCCAACCAUGGAGAGUACCCAUACUCGGUGACCCAUAACGGGCCUGUGUGUUCAUCUGCACUGCCCUCCCCUAGCCCCAGCACCACUAGCAGUGGAAGCCAGGCCCAGGUGGCUAAUGCUAAUGCUAGCACCAACCCCUCAACUACCAGACAGCAGUCAGUCCCCCAGCAGCUGAACUGUGGUCAGACUGCUGGGGGGCCCAUGCCUGCCUUCCAGCCCUUCUUCUUCACAAGCACGUUCCCGGUCAAUGUACAAGAGCUGGUUUUGAAAGUGCGUAUCCAGAACCCCAAUGCACGUGAGAACGACUUCAUCGAGGUGGAGCUGGACAGGCAGGAGCUGACAUACCGCGCCCUGCUCAGGGUGUGCUGCCGGGAGUUGGACAUCAGCGCUGAGCACGUGGAGAAGAUCCGCAAGCUGCCCAACACCAUGCUGAGAAAGAAUUGGAACCGUACAUGGCACACCCCCAACCCGGACCUGACCCGUUGCUUCCAGAACACGAUGCUCGUGUGGCUGCCUUGCCUCUACCUCUGGGUGUGUGCCCCGUUCUACUUUCUAUACCUCAAAAGCCAUGAUCAGGGCUACAUAUGCAUGACCCACCUCAACAAAGCCAAGACUCUUCUGGCUACUUUUCUGACCCAGUACGAGAGGAUAAAAGGGGUUCAGUCGUCAGGGGUGAUGCUCAACUUCUGGCUGGUGGCUGUCCUGUGUGCCACGGUCACCUUCAGGUCCAAGGUCCUACAGGCACUUCAAGAGCCUUCCACUCUGUGUGUGUUCAGAUACACAACCUUCUACACAUACUACACCCUGCUGCUCCUCUCCCUGCUCCUGUCCGGCCUGUCUGACCAGCCCCCCCUCUUCUGCCAGACCGUUAAAGACACAAAUCCCUGUCCUGAAGCUGGGGCCUCCUUCCUGUCCAGAAUAAGCUUCUGGUGGAUCACUAGGCUGAUGGUGACCGGCUAUAAGCGUCCCCUGGAGGAGAAGGACCUGUGGUCUCUGAACUCAGAGGAUCGUUCCCAGCAGGUGGUUCCCCAGCUUGUACACCGCUGGAACACAGAGUGCCAAAAGGUCAAAAGGCCAGAAGAGAAGACCCUGUACUCUCCAAAACGAGCGUCCAGGGCUGAGAAGAAAGAGGGCCGGCCCGUGGAGGAGUCUGAGAUCCUGAUUGUGAAGGCCCCCCAGAAGACAGGCGAGCCCUCGCUGUUCUGGGCCCUGUGUCUUACCUUUGGCCCCUACUUUCUUAUCUCCUCCCUCUACAAGAUCAUUCAGGACAUCCUCAUGUUUGUCGGCCCUGAAAUCCUCAGGCUCCUGAUCCGCUAUGUGAAUGACUCCAGCGCCCCCUCCUGGCAGGGCUACUUCUACACCGCGCUGCUGUUUGUGUGCACAUGCGUGCAGACGCUAAUCCUGCAGAAGUACUUCCACGUGUGCUUUGUCACUGGCAUGCGCCUGCGAACCGCUAUUGUGGGGGCCGUUUACCGGAAGGCCCUGGUGAUCAGUAAUGCGGCUCGGCGCACCUCCACGGUGGGUGAGAUCGUCAACCUGAUGUCUGUGGACGCCCAGCGCUUCAUGGACCUCAUCACUUACAUCAACAUGAUAUGGUCGGCCCCACUGCAGGUCAUCCUUGCCCUCUACUUCCUCUGGCAGAACCUAGGUCCUUCUGUUCUAGCUGGAGUAGCAGUGAUGGUUCUGAUGGUACCCAUCAAUGCUGUUAUCGCCAUGAAGACUAAAACGUACCAGGUAGCCCAGAUGAAGAGCAAAGACGACCGAAUCAAGCUGAUGAACGAAGUGCUGAAUGGGAUCAAGGUAUUGAAGCUGUAUGCCUGGGAACUGGCCUUCAAGGACAAGGUGUCGGCCAUCCGGGAGAGCGAGCUGCGCGUCCUCAGAAAGACGGCCUACCUGGGCGCCGUGUCCACCUUCACCUGGGUCUGCGCACCAUUUCUGGUGGCUCUCUCUACCUUCACCGUGUACGUGCUGAUUGACGAGAAGAAUGUGCUGGACGCCCAGAAGGCCUUUGUGUCUCUGGCACUCUUCAACAUCCUGCGCUUCCCCCUCAACAUGCUGCCCAUGGUCAUCAGCAGCAUGGUGCAGGCGAGCGUGUCCAUGAAGCGUCUGCAUGUGUUUCUCUCUCAUGAAGAGCUGCAGGCGGACAGUGUGGAGCGCAGGACUACUGUAGGCUCCUGUAACAGUGUUUCCAUUGUGAAUGGGGUGUUUAGCUGGUCCAGAAAUGAAACUCCCACACUAAAAAGAUUGAAUGUGUGUAUCCCCGAGGGGUCUCUGGUGGCUGUGGUUGGCCACGUGGGCUCAGGGAAGUCCUCGCUGCUCUCUGCCAUGCUGGGAGAGAUGGAGAAACUGGAGGGCACGGUAUCUGUUAAGGGCUCGGUGGCUUACGUUCCCCAGCAGGCCUGGAUCCAGAACGCCACUCUGAAAGAAAACAUAAUGUUUGGUCAAGAGAGGAAAGAGAGCUGGUACCACAGGGUGAUGGAGGCCUGCGCCCUCCUGCCAGACCUGGAGAUUUUGCCUGCUGGAGACAGCACUGAGAUUGGGGAGAAGGGAGUUAAUUUAUCAGGAGGCCAGAAACAGAGGGUGAGUCUGGCCAGGGCGGUCUACUGUGACUGCGCCAUCUACCUGUUGGACGACCCACUGUCAGCGGUUGACGCACACGUUGGGAAGCACAUCUUCGAGAAGGUCAUUGGCCCACACGGAGUUCUCAAGAGCAGGACUCGUGUGCUGGUGACCCACGGUCUGGGCUACCUCCCCCAGGCUGACUUGAUCCUAGUGAUGGUGGAGGGAGAGAUCACAGAGAUGGGCUCCUACUUGCAGCUGAUGGGGAGGGAUGGAGCUUUUGCAGAGUUCCUGCGCACCUACGCCAACGCUGAGCAUGGCGAGGAUGACAGCGAAGAGCGUAGGGAUGAUGAGGAGGAGAAGGUGGAGCAGGUCAAAGACAAUGCACCAAAGAAAACUAUGGAGAACGGUAGUCCUGCUACUACUAUUGGUCAGAACACCUCAACCAUCACUAAAACCACCCACAAGGCCAAGGGAGAAGAGGUACUAGGAAAGAAGGCCAAGAAUGCCGAGGUCGGUAAACUGACUGAGGCUGAUAAAGCCAACACAGGACGGGUGAAGCUGUCUGUGUUCUGGGAGUACAUGAAGGCCAUCGGUGUGCUGCUCUCUUGCAUCAGCAUUGUGCUCUUCUUCAGCCACCACAUGGCCUCGCUCUUCUCCAACUACUGGCUUAGCCUAUGGACUGAUGACCCCGUUGUCAAUGGAACACAGCCCAACCGACAGAUGAGGCUAGGGGUGUAUGGAGCCCUGGGUGUCUCUCAAGGGGUUGCCGUGUUCUGUUACUCCAUCUCGGUGUCCAUCGGAGGCAUCCUGGCAUCGCGUUACCUCCACCAGAACAUGCUAUACAAUGUACUCCGCUCGCCCAUGGCCUUCUUCGAGCGCACACCCAGCGGCAACCUGGUCAACCGCUUCGCCAAGGAGACGGACACCAUUGACGCGGUUAUCCCCAGCAUCAUCAAGAUGUUCAUGGGCUCCAUGUUCAAUGUGAUGGGCUCCUGCGUGGUCAUUCUCAUUGCGACACCGCUCGUGGCCAUCAUCAUCCCCCCGCUAGGACUGCUGUACUUCUUUGUGCAGAGGUUCUACGUGGCGUCAUCCCGCCAACUGAAACGACUGGAAUCAGUGAGCCGUUCGCCAGUCUACACCCACUUUAACGAGACCCUGCUAGGAACCAGCGUCAUCCGGGCCUUUGGUGAGCAGGAGCGCUUCAUCCGUGAAAGUGACGGACGCGUUGACCAUAACCAGAAGGCGUACUACCCCAGCAUCGUGGCUAACCGUUGGCUGGCAGUGCGUCUUGAGUUCGUAGGAAACUGCAUUGUGACCUUCGCAGCCCUCUUCGCCGUCAUGGCUCGGGAGAACCUUAGCCCAGGAAUCAUGGGAUUGUCCAUAUCUUAUGCACUGCAGCUGACUGCCUCUCUAACUUGGCUGGUGAGGAUGUCCUCAGACCUGGAGACCAACAUUGUUGCUGUGGAGAAAGUGCAAGAAUAUAGCAACACAGAGAAAGAGGCUGAAUGGAGAAACGAACAGUCAACCCUGCCUCCUGGCUGGCCUACGGCAGGACACAUCCAGAUCAGGGACUUUGGCCUGAGAUACAGGGAGGAUCAGGAGCUGGCCAUCCGCAACAUCACUGUCACCAUCCACGGAGGAGAGAAGGUUGGCAUAGUCGGGCGGACAGGAGCCGGCAAGUCCUCUCUGACCCUGGGUCUCUUCCGCAUCAUCGAAGCCUCCCAGGGAGAGAUCUACAUUGACGGGGUCAACAUCGCUCAGCUGGGCCUGCAUGAGCUGAGAUCCAGGAUCACCAUUAUACCACAGGACCCAGUUCUGUUUUCAGGGUCUCUGAGGAUGAAUCUGGACCCCUUUGACUGCUACUCGGAUGAGGAGGUGUGGAGAUCCUUGGAACUGGCUCACCUCAAGAGCUUUGUGUCAGGCCUGCCAGACAAGCUUAACCACGAGUGCUCCGAGGGAGGAGAGAAUCUCAGUCUGGGUCAGCGCCAGCUGGUGUGUCUGGCCCGAGCACUCCUGAGGAAGACCAAAAUCCUGGUUCUGGACGAGGCCACAGCUGCUGUUGACUUGGAGACGGACAACUUGAUCCAGUCUACCAUCCGCACCCAGUUUGAGGACUGCACUGUCUUGACCAUCGCUCACAGACUCAACACCAUCAUGGACUACACCAGGGUCCUGGUCUUGGAUAAGGGGAAGAUGGCCGAGUUUGACUCUCCCUCCACCCUCAUCUCAAAGAGAGGGAUCUUUUACAGGAUGGCAAAAGACUCUGGACUGGUUUGACUUUUGCCCGAAGAAUUUAUUGCAUUGUUCCCUCACCCAAGUGUGUGUCUGUUCUGUGUAACAGAGCAUUUUGUCUCAUAACCAUGCUUCUUUAUCCCUUAAAGACUCCUGAAGGGUUUCACCCCAAAUGCUGCUUUAGUGGGAUGUUUUUUUUUUUCCUGUUUUUUGACAUCCUGCUCCUUUUAUGGGGGACUUUUGAGAUAAAUCCCCCAUCUUGAUUGCCAUUGUUGCCAUUGUAGAGUUGAAAAAUUGGAUUUGUCCUGUGAAACGGAUUUUGGGACAAAGGAGAAUACGUAAAAGAACAUUUGACAUCUUUUUUUAUUUAUUUGACGGUGUGCAAUGUUGUUUCCUUACAAUAAGUGAGUGUGAAAUCUGUCUAAUCAUCUCUUUAGUAGGGGUGGAUAUUUAAUUUAAAUUCUUUACUACCACCUGCCCCCUUCUCUAUAGCGGAGAGAGGUCAAAACCCACACUGGUGACUAUUGACCUCAAGUUCAGGGGACUUGAAAUAGACACUGCCUUCCUUAGACAUGACUUGGUGCUACUACAAUCCCCCCCACCCCACCCCACCCAGACAGGCUAUACCGUUUACAAUGUAAUCAUAUUCAACCCUACAGUAAAACCUAUGAAAUAAUUUCAGAUUAAGAAGACCUGUACAGGGGUAGGGGCUACAGCAGGUGUCAAUUUGGGACUGAGCCAAAGUGUAUUUCUUUUAGAGUACUACUUCUCAGGUGCUCUUAGAUUGUUGGAGGAGCCUCCGUUACCCUGUUCCAACUGUACCCCCUAAAUGUGUCCUUCACUUUCUCCUCUCCUUGUCUAAAGUUACCAAGCGGUAUAUGAUUUGCUGAAAAAUAUAUUCAGUUGUAAACAAAUUUGUGAUUGAGGAAGAAAGAAAGUUAACCAUCCUUUUAUCACAGCUGGAACAGGGCCCAAGCCUUCUACAGAGCCACAUGCAUGUUAUUCAUCCAGCUUGCCUAGCGCCACAAGCUAGUGCGGGGUCACGUGGCUGGAAACCUGUUUUUUAAUGAAGGUAUCUAUGUUCUAGUUUGAAAUGUUCAACAGUUUGUCUCUGGCUGCUUUGGUACAGUACUCUAUAGACACCUGGUUGAGCAGAAUGUCUUAUGAACCAAAUCAUUAGGGGCUUUCUUUUACCAUUGCCUGCUGGCUAAAUAUAUACGGUCACUGCUAACACAUUUGAGUAAGCAGGGUUCUAAAAAUGUUUGGCCUACAAAGACUAUCGGCUGUCUGUUUUACACUUUUGUUUAUCUUUCAGUACUUUAUUUCAUGGAUUUCUCAUAGCCAUUGAUUAGGUCAAGCGAUCCUCUUGCCUGUUAGUCCAGGUGCAUUAUAGUCAUGUCAAUUCUGGUAUCAAGAUAAUUGGUUGAUCCAUCCAACAGUCCGUUCUUCAGGGCUGGUUUUAUAGUCCUAAUGUGCUGUUGAAAUUGACACACAUUUACUUUAGUAGGUUGUGUUUGACCACUGGAGCUAUAGGGCUUUAUAUUUUUUCGCCAUUCAUCAAAUUGCUGCGUAGGCUGGAUUUUGUUGCAAACUAUUUAGGUCACGUUAGUCAUAGAUAGAAACACAAUGUUUGAGCAUAAUUAUUUAAAGGUGUGUCAGAGUAGAAAAUCCAGGAAACAUGAAGGGUGUGUCUUAUUCUGGAUUUGAGCAUGCAUGUUUACAUUGAUACACUGUUUACUAUGAAACACACACAAACACACUAUAUCCACUAGUCUCCUCCGCUCUGCUCCAGUGUCUAGGCAGACACGUUUUUGUUCAGUGGUCAAUUCCAGAGUCACAGAGGUCAACACACUAUCUUCCGUCUUGGCUACCAAUGACGAUGUUUGGUCAUUGGUAACCAACAUUGCUGCCAUUGGAUAUCAACAGAUCUGGAAGAAAACUGUUCUUUACUCUAGUGUGUUUUUUCUUUUGGAAGUUUUAUUAUAAAGAACAACUUUUUGUCUGUAUUCCAGAACAUAGAGUGGCAAAUCGUUUGGGGGGGAAAAAGCUAGAAAAUACCAGUGUUACAUAUUUAUAUAAUUUGUAAGUAUAUGGAUAUCAUUAAUAUUUGAUAUUUGUGUACAUGCACUAGUUUUUAAGUGUGCUUUUUUCUUAACAAAUGUAAAUGUGUUAAAAGGAAAAUAAAUGGU